AUGUCAUCCAUUGCCAAGGACGCGUCAGCCAAUACGGCAGCCGGCCCCCUCGCACAAGUCGAGGCCGCAACUGUCUCGACAAACACGGCCCAAGAAGAAGAGACUGAUCCCCAUCUCGUCACAUUUGAUGAGCCAUUCGACGCGGAAAACCCCCAAACCUGGCCCAGCAACCGCAAAUGGGCCGUCACCAAUGUCUUGUCUGCGACGGGCUUCAAUCGAAUCAUGGUCUCAACCAUCAUGGCCCCAGCUCUGCCGGCUUUGGCGGCAGAGUUGGGCAUGAGCACCACCGAGUCCGUCAUGAGCCUUUCUAUAUAUGUGCUUGCGACUGCGCUAGGUCCACUGCUGAUCGGUCCGCUCUCCGAAAUGUACGGCCGGCAGAUUGUUCUCCACGCAUCCAACGCCUGGUUUCUGCUAUGGAAUAUUGUCUGUGGCUUCGCCAACACGAAAGAGCUCCUUAUUGCUUCUCGCUUCCUGGCCGGCUUUGGUGCCAGUGCCAUUUACUCGCUCGCUGGCGGCGUCCUUGGUGACGUGUGGUCCGCCGAGCAGCGAGGUCGGUCUUUGGGGCUCUAUAUCCUCAUUCCCAUCUUGGGAUCUGCAGUUGGACCAAUUAUUGGUGGAUUCAUGGCGGCACGGACGACCUGGAGAUGGAUGUUCUGGGCCACAUCCAUAUUCCAGGGUCUCAUGAUUGCCGUCUCCCUCGUCGUGUUCAAGGAGACGUACGCGCCCCUGAUCCUCAAGCGGCGCGCCGAGCAGCGGCGGCGGGAGACGGGGGAUGCGCGUUACUACACGGCAUUUGAGCGGCGCGACGAGCAGCGAUCCCUCUUGGCCGUGCUGGGGCGCACGCUGACCCGGCCGCUGCGGUUGCUGGCCUUUCAUCCCAUUAUUCAGGUCACGGCGGCCAUUGAGGCCUUUUACUACGGUCUCUUGUAUAUUGUCUUGUCGAGCUUCGCCUCGGUGUGGACGGACCAGUACGGCCAGUCGACCGAGGUCAGCGGGCUCCAUUAUAUCACCUGCGCCCUUGGCGAGGUGGCCGGCGGGUUGGUCGGUGGCCCGCUCAUGGACUUCAUGUAUCGUCACAUGCUCCAACGUGCCGGCAACGGGGAGCAUCUGCCCGAGUUCCGCCUUCCGCUUAUCGUCCCCGUGGCUAUUUUGGGGCCAAUCGGCCUGUUUGUUUACGGCUGGGCAGCCGAAUUCCGCGUGCACUGGAUCGUGGUAGAUAUCGGUGUAUUCAUUUACAUGUUCGGGGGUCAAAUUACCGGAAUGCCAUUGCAGGCAUACGUCAUGGACGCAUACCCCGAGCACACGAGUAGCGCAUUGUCGGCCGCCCAGUUCCUCCGAAGUAUGGCAGCAUUUUCGUUCCCCUUGUUUGCACCGAGCAUGUAUGCGGCUUUGGGAUACGGCUGGGGAAACAGUACUAUUGCAUUCAUUGCCCUGGUGUUCGGCAUACCAGCGCCAUUGAUGCUGUGGUAUUGGGGGGCGCGAUUGAGAGCAAAGGCGACUUCGAGUCACUGA